AUGGGCUUCGGGCGGUACUUGCGUACCUCUCGAGUCCGCCUUGUUGUUCCGUGGGGCCGCCGCAACUUCAUGGCACCCUCCUAUGUAUUGGCCAUUGACCAGGGCACUACGUCCACGCGUGCUAUUCUUUUUGACAAGGAUGGCCAGGUGAAGGCCAUCGAACAGCAGGAAUUUCCUCAGUACUAUCCUCAGCCAGGAUGGACUGAGCACGACCCAAAGGAAAUACUUCAAAGUGCUAUCUCUUGCUCUGAAUCGGCUAUGAAUAAAGUUGGAGCUAAGAAGGAUGAUAUUGCUGGCAUUGGUAUCACCAAUCAGCGGGAGACAACUGUGGCUUGGGACAAGGUCACUGGUGAACCCCUUUGUCGAGCGAUUGUUUGGUUGGACUUGCGAACUGCCGAGACCGCUCGACAGUUGUCACAACACGGUGGCCGAGACCGAUUUAGAGCGAAAACAGGGCUUCCAAUCUCCACUUAUUUUUCAGCGAUGAAGAUGAGAUGGAUGCUGGACAACGUCCCUGACGUGAAGAAAGCAGCUGACGAAGAGAGAUGUUGCUUUGGAACGAUAGAAAGUUGGUUGAUCUACAAACUCUGCGGGGGUGCUGCAGAAAAUGUUCACGUCACAGAUGUAUCCAACGCCUCCAGGUAUAUGCUCAUGAACAUCAACACCUGCAAAUGGGAUGAAACUGUUUGCCGCGAAGUUGGAAUUUCUACUGUUUGCUUGCCAAACAUCAAAUCCAACUCAGAGGUGUAUGGUCAUGUGAAGAAUGUGCCAUGCCUGGAUGGUUUGCCCAUCUGUGGUGCAGUGGGCGAUCAGCAUGCGGCUCUCCUGGGUCAUGCCUGUUUAGACGUGGGCUCUUCGAAGAACACCUACGGCACAGGGUGUUUCAUGCUUCUCAACACUGGCAUGGAAGCUGUGCCAUCCAAGCAUGGCCUCCUUACCACCAUUGGAUACAAACUGGGCCCAGAGGAGAGGACGACCUACGCCUUGGAAGGUAGCGUUGCCUGCGCGGGGCGAGUGGUACAGUGGCUACGUGACAACAUGGGGAUCAUAUCCUCCUCGAAGGAUGUGGAAAUCUUAGCCAACAAGGUGGAGGACACAGGUGGCCUGACAUUGGUUCCUGCCUUCAGUGGUUUGUUUGCACCGCACUGGCGUGAAGAUGCUCGAGCAGUUGCUGUAGGCAUGACCCUCUACACAAGCAAAGAACACAUGUGCCGUGCAGCUUUGGAAUCCACAGCCUUCCAAGCAGUCGACAUUAUGGAGGCUAUGAAGAACGACACGGGCCUCCGGCUAGUCGACAUGCGAGUUGAUGGUGGAAUGACUGUAAACAACCUCCUCAUGCAGAUUCAGGCAGAUGCGCUUGGAUUACCAGUGCUCCGCUCCAAGAUGGCAGAGGCCACCGCUCUGGGUGCAGCAUUGGCAGCUGGACUGAGCGUCGGCUUCUACCACAACAAGGAGUCAGUGAAAGUGAUGGUGGAGAAGGCCGGUGGAUAUGAAACGUUCACCUCUACCACGACGUAUGCAACGCGACAAAAGAUGCAAGUCAGAUGGAAGGAUGCCUUGAAAAGAUCCUUCGAACUUGCAAAGUUCGAUCCCAGAUACAAAGAGGAUGAGAAGCCAAAGUUGCUCAAGAAGCCGCGCUUUAUCAAGCAAGGUCUCUGCGAUUAAACCGGAGCAGAAAGGUUUGAACCUACAGUUGAAGGUUGUGAAGCUGCCGGAGGUGGUGGAAGGGGAGAAGCAGCAUGAAGUCAUUUGUGGCGAUGACACUGGCACUGUGACACUGAAUUUGACUCCCUCGCAGUUCUUGCCGUGCGAGGCUGGCAAAUAUAUUCGCGUGCAAAAUGCCAAGGUUCGGAUGAACAGUGGCUACAUUCGUAUCGAGGUUGACAAGUGCGGCAAAGUUUCAUCGGCUGAGACUCCAGAGGCAACCUUCGAUGUGAACCUCAAGAAUGAUGUCUCCGCAAUUGAGUACGAGCUCAAGUGACGCGGUAGCAGGGUUUGCUAAAGUGUUGUUGUGCAGUAGGCGAGAUGCUU